GUUAUGACAGGGAAAUGGGCAGGACAAGGAGGGGAUGGUGCAGUGGGGUGACCCCAGAGGGGACUCUUACUGUCACUCAUCCAUCUGGUCACCCUCGCUGCUGGCCCCAAGCAGGCGUGGGUGGGGAGUCCCAACAGGCUACAUAAGCUGCCAUAAUGUCUCGAACAAUGAAAUGGAGGAAAUCCUUUAUGCAUGAUUCAGUCCCUGUGAAGACUGUCUCUCAUCUGUAGCAACCAUGUUUGCAAAUCAAGUUAAGCAAGGCCCCAUGGAGACAGAAGGACAGACUGAACUCUGGGGACUAGGCUCCAUGUAGUGGGAGCCGAGGGCAGAGAUGGCCACAUAAAGGGCCAGCUGAGUGGAUGAAAGAUUGGCCACCUCCGCAUUGUGACUCCCUGCAACGUGCCUCAUUGUGACCAUGCUCCCUCACCUGUUGGUGGGGGUCCCCAGGUCCUGGCAUGAGUGCAGUGUGGGUCAGGGCCGGUGGGGGGGGCGGCCCACGGCCCAGGUGGCCCUAGGACCCCCCCACCAUGGAAAACCAGCUCUGGUAUGACAACCUGGGGUGCUGCCAUCAAUACCAAGAAAGUACCCAGAAUGUGGAGGACUCCCUACUCCUGCUGCUGGGCCUUGUCAUUCUUGUCAACAUUGGCAUCAACACGGCAACUAUGAUAUGGCAUGGGCUCCAGAAUGCCUUAGACAAGACCAUCUAUUGGAUUAAUCAGAAAAAUGAGAUCUCGCAGGCUUGUGAAAGUUCCCCCGAAUAUCCUCCAGCCGAGGCCCGAGACGUCCACAUCCACUGCACCCUGGACCCUGUGGAAGUGAAAAUGGCCCGGCCCACUUCCUGCUCCUCGUCCUCCUACCAUCAUCUCCACAACUGUAGCCACAGCUGCAGCCGCCAGCCCUGCAGCCACCAGCAGAGGCCGAAGAACCGCAGACAAUUCCCCUACAGCCGCUCAGGCUUCCGUAGGCCGCAUCGCAGCCACGGGAUGUCACAGCUGCGGCCGAUGCCCUCCUUUGAUCGGGAGGACCCGGAGUCCUACCUGGAGGAGGAGGAUGACCUUUCCUUCCCACAGCCCAAGUACCGGCGGGGGUGCUGGGGAGGGCUCUACCAGCAGAUGGGCCUGCCCUCCAAUGUGGGCCUCUGGGGCCGCCAGGGUGGGAUCCUGGCCAGCCUGCCACCACCCUGUCUCUACCUGUCGCCCGAGCUGCACCACAUGCCCAAGCGUGUGGAGGCCAAGUCCGAGCUAAGGGUGCAGUGCUUCGGGGCCCCCUGCUCACCAUCCCGCAUCUGGGGCAACGUGGAGGCUGACCAGUGGACCCCGUCUCCACCACCUCCCCGACGGCUGCCCCCUAACCCCUCGUGGGUCCCUGGGGGGCACAGCACUUACCCCUCAAGGGGCCAGCUCCCGUAUGACUCCUGGGAUCAGCGGCGGCGUGGUCUGGAAGGCUCUGAGCCUCCAUCCGCUCUGGUGCCUCGGGGCUGCCGGCCCGAAGCCCGGCAGUGCAACUGCCCCCCGGCCCACGGACGGAGCCUCCCCAGCUGUGCUCACAGCCAGCCCAACCGCAGCCCGCACCCCUCCACGGGACACACGAACUACUCCCGGGAUCCCCACGAGGUACGGCGCCGGGCGGCCGAAUGGGCCGAGAUGCUGCCCGUGUGGUGCCCUCUGACCACCUCCGCCUCCCUCACAGUGCUGGCCGAGGCCUUGUACCAGCGGGCCCCGGCUCCCAGCUCAGCGCUGCUCCUCCGCUCGCCCCAGCCCCUGCCCGACGUCCAGGCUACCGAGCACCCUCCGCCCCCGCCCACCUUCAUGCCACUCAGCCGGAACCCGGGGGGCAAUGCCAACUACCAGGUGUAUGACAGCCUGGAGCUGAAGCGGCAAGUGCAGGAGAGCCGAGCGCGGGCCAGCUCGCUGCUACCUUCCACCUCGGCCUCGAGACCCUCUCUGCACGGGAGCCAGACUGGGAAAAUGAACUGACCAGCAGCAAAUGGGGGCGGGGGUGGGGGGCGGCAGGGAAUGGAGAGAGGAAUAAAGAGCGCCAGAGUCCAGGAAACAUUGGUGGUCUUUGGCUUGGAAGCGCCACUCCUUCUGCCAGCCUGGGUCCCUGCCCUUGGCUUCCUGCAAUAAGAAGCCAGGGUCCCCUUCUUGGCCUGAGAGUCCCCUUGGUUUAGCGGCCACAGUCCUGCCAGCAGGCCCCUCCUGGUCCUAUACCAUGCACUAAGUAGAUCUGCAGCUGCAGACUCCAAACCACUGGUCUCUGGGCACCUCCUCUGUGUCUCAGCUGUCCCUGUCCCCAAAGAGCCUCAUACAAGAAGCUGCUUCCAAACUGGGAGGUUCCACAUCUGGGCAGGUCCAGCUCCACGCCCAGUGAAGGGCAUGAAGAAGGCUGAGGCUCUG